GCUGUGGGUCAGUGUGCACACACCCCGAAGUUUCCACAUAUCGAUAGAAACCUAUCGCCCAGGGAUCGUCUCCAACAUUCUUUGUGCGCAUUAAAUCUUUAAAAACUUUUAAAACACAUUUAUCCUCCCAAAUAAGGUAUUAGGAAACCCCUAGGGAACCAGCAGAAGUUAAAACCCCACUGGCAACCAAAACACGUGCCAAAACAAACGUUCAUAUUUUCCGUACAAGUUGUAAAUAUAUAAAAGGCCAGCAAAAUGGGAAUGGUAACAAAGCGCAAGAAGAUGCACUAUGGCGAUACCCAUCUUCAGAGGAGAUGGCGUGUGCGGAAUCGCCGUCGUGAUCUCGACCAGAUCGACGAUGACCUGCGCACCCGGAGCGGUGAAUUGAUUAAUCAGAAUGUGGACCUCGAGAAGCCAGGAUUCGCGCAGUUCUACUGCGUUCACUGUGCCAAGUACUUCAUUGAUGACACCGCCAUGCAGGCACAUUUCCGCACCAAGGUGCACAAGAGGCGACUCAAGGCCCUGGAGAUCGAGCCGUACAGCAUCGAGGAGGCGGAACGCGCCGCAGGACGUGGCAGCUUCGUGAAGCCGAAGAAGCGGUCGAUGGAAACGCAGCCAUCGAAGGAAGACGUGAUCGCCGGCAAGAGGAUCCGAGUGGAGGAGGUGCCCGAGGACACAGACGUCACCGAUUCGCCCUCGACGUCCAAAACGAAGCGCAAGAAAGCCGAGAAAAUGGAGACUUAGUCGGAAGGAUGAUCCAAUUAUUUGAUCUAGCUUAGUUUUUAAGGCCCUCGGGGACUGGACUUUCUGGUUUCCCCCAACUGCUUUCUUUAAAUACAUUUUUUUCCUACCUAAA